AUGUCUGCUUUCAGAUUCUGGUCAGGAGUGCUGAUCGCACUGGGCGCCCUCUGCCCUAGAAGUUCACCGUGUGGCAUUUCAACACACUUAGAAAUAGGUCACAGAGCUCUGGAGUUUCUCCACCUUCAGGAUAGGACUGUUAACUACAAAGAGCUGUUACUUGAACACCAGGAUGCAUAUCAGGCUGGAACCGUGUUUCCUGACGCCUUUUACCCCAGAAUGUGCGAAAGAGGACAAUUCCAUGAAGUGUCAGAGGUCACUCACUGGACUCCAUUUCUUAAUGCAAGCAUUCAUUAUAUCCGGGAGAACUACCCCCUUCCCUGGGAUAAGGACACAGAGAAAUUGGUAGCUUUCUUGUUUGGAAUUACCUCUCACAUGGUGGCAGAUGUCAGCUGGCAUAGCCUGGGUAUUGAACAAGGAUUCCUUAGCACAAUGGGAGCCAUUGAUUUUCAUGGCUCCUAUUCUGAGGCACACCUGGCUGGUGAUUUCGGAGGAGACGUGUUGAGCCAGUUUGAGUUUAAUUUUAAUUACCUCUCACGGCACUGGUAUGUGCCUGUUGAAGAUCUCCUGGAAAUUUAUAAGAAACUCUAUGGCCGAGCAGUCAUCACCAAAAAUGCCAUUGUUGACUGUUCAUACCUUCAGUUCUUGGAAAUGUAUGGUGAGAUGUUAGCUAUUUCCAAGCUUUAUCCCACUUAUUCUAGAAAGUCCCCAUUUUUGGUGGAACAAUUUCAAGAAUACUUCCUAGGAGGACUGGAUGAUAUGGCAUUUUGGUCCACUAAUAUUUACCGUCUAACAAGUUUCAUGUUAAAGAAUGGGACCAGUAACUGCAACCUACCUGAGAACCCUCUGUUUAUCUCAUGUGGCAGCCAGCAAAACAAUACCCACGGCAGCUCAAAAGUACAGAAAAAUGAUUUUCAUAGAAACGUGACUGCAGCCCUAACUAAAGAUAUUGGAAAAAAUAUAAACUAUACCAAACGAGGAGUGUUCUUUAGUGUGGAUUCCUGGACCAUGGGUUCCUUAUCUUUCAUGUACCAGUCUUUGGAGAGGAGCAUACAGGAAAUGUUUACUGGCAGCUCUCAGUCACUGAAGUAUGUUUCUAGCCCCUCAGCAUCUUACUACUUGUCAUUUCCCUACACAAGGCUUGGUUGGGCGAUGACCUCGGCUGACCUCAACCAGGAUGGGCACGGUGACCUGGUGAUGGGCGCCCCAGGCUACAGCUGCCCCGGCCACAUCCACGUGGGGCGCGUGUACCUCAUCUAUGGCAACGACCUGGGCUUGCCCCUCGUCGACCUGGACCUAGACAAGGAGGCCCAUGCGAUCCUGGAGGGUUUCCAGCCCUCAGGUCGGUUCGGCUCUGCCGUGGCCGUGCUGGACUUUAACAAGGACGGCGUGCCUGACCUGGCCGUGGGGGCCCCCUCAGUGGGCUCCGAGAAGCUCACGUACACAGGUGCGGUGUACAUCUACUUUGGUUCCAAACAAGGAAGACUAUCUUCUUCUCCCAACAUCACCAUCUCUUGCCUGGACGCCUACUGUAACUUGGGCUGGACACUCUUGGCCGCAGAUGUGAAUGGAGACAGUGAACCUGACCUGGUGAUUGGCUCCCCUUUUGCUCCAGGUGGAGGGAAACAGAAGGGAAUUGUGGCUGCGUUUUAUUCUGGCUCCAGCCACAGCCACAAAGAAGAGCUGAAUGUGGAGGCGGCCAACUGGAUGGUGAGAGGCGAGGAGGACUUCGCCUGGUUAGGAUACUCCCUUCAUGGUGUCAGUGUCAACAACAGGACUUUGCUGUUGGCUGGGAGCCCCACCUGGAAGAACGCCAGUAGUCUGGACCAUUUGUUACCCACUCCUGAUGAGAAACAGAGCCCUGGACGGGUAUCUGGCUAUUUCCCGCCAAAUUGUCAAAGCUGGUUUACCAUUUCUGGAGACAAGGCAAUGGGGAAACUGGGUACCUCCCUGUCCAGUGGCCACGUGAUGAUGAAUGGGACCCGUACACAAGUACUGCUGGUUGGGGCCCCGACUCAAGAUGUCAUGGCUAAGAUGCCAUUCCUGACCACGACCCUGCACCAAGGUGGAAGCACUCGGAUGUAUGAACUGACACCUGACUCGCAGCCUUCUCUGCUUAGCACCUUCAGUGGAGACCGCCGCUUCUCCCGAUUUGGUGGCGUUCUGCACUUGAGUGACCUGGAUAACGAUGGCUUAGAUGAAAUCAUCAUGGCAGCCCCACUGAGGAUCACAGAUGUAACCUCUGGACUCAUGGGGGGAGAAGAUGGCCGUGUCUAUGUGUAUAAUGGCAAACAGGUCACCUUGGGCGACAUGACGGGCAAAUGCAAAUCAUGGGUAGCUCCAUGUCCAGAAGAAAAGGCCCAAUACGUAUUGAUUUCUCCUGAAGCAGGCUCAAGGUUUGGGAGCUCUAUGAUCACUGUGAGGUCAAAGAAAAAGAACCAAGUUGUCAUUGCUGCUGGAAAGAGUUCUCUGGGAGCCCGACUCUCUGGGGCGCUUCAUAUCUAUAGCCUCGGCCAAGAUUAAAGGUUUCACUCCAUUUUCCUAACCUGCCCCUCCCUCUCUCAUGCCAAGUCAUCUCCAGGGUGAGCGUUCUGGUGGACAGAGUGGUGCAUCCAGUGGAGCCUUGUAGAUCCUACCACAGGUGGGGCUCCUGGGGGUGGAGACAUACACACUAUCUGGAAAUAGGAUACAGUAAAUGGGGCAACAUCAGAAGCAUGUGAAACAGCAAAUACUCUGGUUAUUCAUGUCCCCUUCCAAAGUUUGUUUCCUUUGUACCUAAACUUAUUCCUAACUUGUUUCGCUUUGCUCAGACCUGCUGUACAACCUAUUUCCUCUUCCACAUGGGUACCUGUCUUUCUGAUGACUGGAAAGGCCUCUCUCUGGUUAUCUCUUAGGAAAACCUCUGUAACACAAUUCUUCCUAAAAAUGUCCUUUUAAAGUUGGUGACCCAUUCCAAUCAAACAGAAAGCACAGUAUACAGGAAAAAGGCACAAGGAGGAGAAAGAGUGAGGAGAAAAGUAAGGGGUGAGGCAUAACCUCACAACUCCAAAAUCAUGUUGCAAAUGAUGUGGUCCUUUCUUAUGAGGAUGAUUGUAUUUUCAAUGUUUCAUACAGUGAAAGACACAUAUAAAAAGUAAAACA